UUGAAGAAUCAAACACGCUUGCUGCAACGUGUAAAUCUAUGCACACCAUGCAGGCAGUUUUGAUUUACAUAUAUGUAGCAUACAUAGCUGUUUUAUAGUCAAUUAACUUUCCAUUCUUCUUCUGCAUCGGACGUUGCAACGUCACUUGCGCUACAGGAAAAUUUACAUAAAUUUACUUUCAUAUUCUACGUUUAUAUGUGCUCGUAAUUUGUUGUUAAUGGCGGAAUUGAUCGUCUUUGUCAAACCAGGGGAGCCGAAAUUCGAUAUAUCUGUUGUAAUUUUUGCCUUCUUACUUUCAUCUGUGCUGUGCACUAACCGAUAUUAUGGAUCUUAUUUGCUCUUUGGAACCGGUGAUGAUAUUCUGGAAACGGUACAUAUGCACGGAGGAACAACAUCGCCGAUACAUAAAUGGAAUCUGGAAUGCCUAGACGGAGAAGCGAUGAUUGGUGUGCGCGACACUGCCGAUGAUUUUCAGAGAAUACAAGGAUUCUGGUGCAAGUAUAUGUUCCCGUAUAAACCUCCGUCCUCCGAAUACCCGUACUAUGCUGGGUGUUACGUCAGAAACUUUACGACGCAUGACUUCUGCUACGACCCCGCGAUGCUCUCACUUCGCCCAACACCUUCAUGACAGCGUACUGGGAUAAUGAGUUUCUCAUGCAAGUCUGGCGCAUCACCACCGACUACGUGCAGCUGUUCAAAUGCUGCGCCACACCGGUUAACUAUUACAUCGACUAUAUGUCCUGCUACUACAAAAUGACGCAUGACCAGUACUGGGAGUACUACGAUCACGCUAUUUUCCUGGUAUUUUGCGACACAGGAUACGUGAUGACCGGCAUCGGGAAGAAGCACAAUCCCUACACCACGGACAUCCACGUCGAUUGGAUCCAGUGCUGUCGGGUGGGAUUCGGGGCGGGCCGGCUGCCUGUGGGGCAUCUGGCCGAAGGACUGCAUGAUUACGGGAAAGGCUACUCCUCGGCGGCGGCGGCAUACGGCAACGCCACGUCGCGAUCAUCCGAGAACCACCUGGAAAGCAUACAGAACCGUAAAUCACUACCUGAUCCAGGAUUACAUUUGUCAAAGUUGUGAGAUAAGUUCUGGAUGCCGGUGCGACGGCAGAUCACAUAUAAAGGGUCGUGCGCAUUUGUGAGUCAAAUCCAGUGUGUUCUUGGUGGUGGCAGUUGUGUGCUACAAAUGCGACAAUGGUAAUAAGAUUUUCCCUUAAUCCUAAAUCCUAACGUACGAUGCGUACGUUGGCUGUCGGCGGAAAAAGGCGCGGCAAAAUGUCUUAGAAACGCAGCGUCAGCAAAUUCAGCAAAAUGUUAUUGCUAAUUACGCUUAUUUAUCGCUGAUUUAUUUAGGACCUUUGCGUCCACAUUGCCGGUAAUUCGUGAUCAAAACACAUGGGCUAUUUUUUGCUAGUCGAGCGCGAGUCAAUA